GACUGAAAAAAUGCAGACCACCGGGGCACUACUCAUUCCUUCGGCUCUGCUCCGCUGUUGUACCAGGGGUCUAGUCAGGCCUGUGUCUGCCUCCUUCCUGAGUUGGCCAGAGAUUCCAUCUGAACAGCCUUCCUACAGCAGCUCCCCACUCCAGGUGGCCAGACGGGAGUUCCAGACCAGUGCUGUCUCCCAGGAUAUCGACACAGCAGCCAAGUUUAUUGGUGCCAGGGCUGCCACAGUGGGUGUGGCUGGUUCAGGGGCUGGAAUUGGAACAGUGUUGGGCAGUUCGAUCGUUGGCGAUGCCAGGAACCUGUCUCUCAAGCAGCAGCUCUUCUCCUAUGCCAUUCUGGGCUUUGCACUGUCUGAGGCCAUGCAGCUCUUCUGUUUGAUGGUCGCCUUCCUCUUCGCCAUGUGA